CCCCCCGCUCCCGGGUGUGAGUGGACCUGCCGGUUGACCAGGUUGUACAGAGGAGGCCUCCUCAGGACCAGUGCUGCAGCUGAAGUAUAAUGAGUCUCAUUAACAUUGUACGUGAACACUGGACAAAUAUCCUUGUUCCUCUGGGAUUUGUAUUGGGAUGUUAUCUUGAUAGAAGAAAUGAUAGCAAACUUACUGCUUUCAGAAACAAAAGUUUAUUGUAUAAACGGGAACUGAAACCAGGUGAAGAAACAACGUGGAAGUGAAGAGCUAAAAGCUAUACUGAGAAACAAGCAACUGUUGCAUAAAGAAAAUCAGCUCAAAUGCCGUUUUACAAGUCUUGAAUCUUCAAUUAGGGAUCCAGUGACAGUUCAUUUCAAUAAUGCUGCUUUGUUCUAUGACAUUUUCACCAAUCUCCAUCUUCUUAUCUUUGUGUAACAGAAAAUUGGUUUAAAUCCUAAAAUUUGUCCAAGAUUGUCCCCUUUGUAUCACUGAUGUAAAGUUUAAAAAUGAACAGCAAAUACUUCAUUAUUUGUUUCAUUAGCCUGAAUACAUGUAAAUGAUGUGGCAGACCUAAUAAAACUUACUGUAUUUAUUUUCA